GGUGAGGGUAAGGAAAGAGGGGGUGUGUUGUUGCGUAGGGUGAUAUCAUCAUAGCGAUUUUCUUUUUAAAAAGUGGAUUGCAACUGCGAAGGUCAAGAGUGUAGUGAAGAAUAGAUCCGUUUCAGUUUCAUUGCUUCUGAAAACCCUAAAAACCCCUUUCGGUGAUCAUCGAGAUUUGGAUCGACGAUGGAUGAAGAAUACGACGUCAUCGUUUUGGGCACGGGUCUCAAGGAAUGCAUUCUCAGUGGUCUUCUCUCCGUCGAUGGUCUCAAGGUAUUCAUCUUUUCUUCUAUCUAUCGAUCCAAUCCGCAUAUUGUGCUAACUCUUGAGAUUCAUUGUUUUCAGGUUCUUCACAUGGAUAGGAAUGACUAUUACGGAGGAGAAUCCACGUCGCUCAAUCUUAUUCAGCUUUGGAAGAGAUUCAGGGGAGAUGACAAGCCUCCUCCACAUUUGGGCUCUAGCAAGGACUAUAAUAUCGAUAUGAACCCUAAGUUUAUUAUGGCUAAUGGAAAUUUAGUGCGGGUUCUCAUACAUACUGAUGUUACUAAGUAUCUAUAUUUCAAAGCUGUGGACGGGAGCUUUGUAUUUAAUAAAGGAAAGGUUCACAAGGUACCGUCAAAUGAUAUGGAAGCCUUAAAGUCCCCACUCAUGGGACUGUUUGAAAAACGCAGAGCACGCAAGUUUUUCAUUUAUGUUCAAAAUUAUGAUGAGAAUGAUCCUAAAACUCACGAGGGGAUGGACUUGACUAGAGUAACUACUAAAGAACUGAUAGCAAAAUAUGGCCUUGAUGAUAACACUGUGGACUUCAUUGGUCAUGCUUUGGCGCUUCAUAGAGAUGAUCGCUACUUGGGGGAGCCAGCACUGGACACUGUGAAGAGAAUGAAGUUAUAUGCAGAGUCUCUUGCACGCUUUCAAGGGGGAUCACCUUACAUAUAUCCUUUGUAUGGUUUAGGAGAGCUUCCUCAGGCAUUUGCACGGCUUAGUGCUGUUUAUGGUGGAACAUACAUGUUGAAUAAACCUGAAUGCAAGGUAGAAUUUGAUGAGGAAGGAAAGGUUGUUGGUGUCACAUCUGAAGGGGAAACUGCAAAGUGCAAAAAAGUUGUCUGUGACCCAUCAUACUUGCCCAACAAGGUGAGGAAAGUUGGUAGGGUUGCAAGGGCAAUAGCCAUCAUGAGCCACCCAAUCCCCAACACCAAUGAUUCCCAUUCAGUGCAAAUUAUUUUACCACAAAAGCAGUUGGGUCGGAAGUCAGACAUGUACCUAUUUUGUUGUUCAUAUUCCCACAAUGUUGCUCCAAAGGGGAAAUUUAUUGCAUUUGUAUCAACCGAGGCAGAGACAGAUCAGCCUGCAAUUGAACUAAAACCUGGAAUUGACCUUCUAGGACCUGUUGAUGAGAUAUUUUUUGAUAUCUAUGACAGAUGUGAACCAGUCAAUGAGUCCUCUUUGGACAACUGCUUUAUAUCAACAAGUUAUGAUUCUACUACUCACUUUGAGUCAACUGUAGAAGAUGUCCUCAACAUGUAUACAUCGAUAACUGGAAAGGUUAUUGACCUCAGUGUGGAUCUUAGUGCUGCUAGUGCUGCCGAAGAGUAAAGAAAACUGGGCGAUGUCCUUUAUGGUGUCUGUUUCAAUCCGUAUGGAUGGACUUGGCAAUGAAUGUUAUCAACGUUUAUAAUAAAUUAUGAUAUAAAAUGUUUAUUUUUUUUCUAAACAGAAAACCCUAAAGCUUGUAAAACAGAAUUGUGUGGCUGGGAAACUUUUUCCCUUCCAAAUGCUCUGGUUGUGCUUUAGUACAUUUAUUAUGUUGACAUACAUGGAUACCGUCUGCUGCAAUGUUUCGUAAAAUGUAGUUUUAUUUUCACACUACCAAUUGCUCGUCUC